AUGUCCACCCCUUCGACCCCCAUCGCCAUCAUCGGCGCAGGCCUCUCCGGCCUAACCCUCGCCCUCGCCCUCCACGCCCACUCCAUCCCCUCCACGCUCUACGAAUCCCGCCCCUGCCCCCUCGACAUCGGCGGCGCCAUCAUGCUCUCCCCCAACGCCCUCAAGAUCCUCGACACCCUCGGCGUAUACCAGCACAUCAGCCCCCUAGGCUUCCACUUCGAAAAGCUCUCCUUCCGCUCCCACGACGACCACCCCAUCGACGACUUCGACUUUGGCUCCCGCGAUAAGCACGGCUACAAGGCUCUCCGCAUCUACCGCUACGAGCUCAUCAACGUCCUCCUCUCCAUGGUCCGCGCCGCCGGCAUCUCCAUCGAAUACAACAAGAAAUUCUCCCACGUCACCGCCGAGACCCCAGAAGACAUCACCUGGGCCUUUGCCGACGGAACCUCCGCAACGGCACGCCUCCUCGUCGGCGCAGACGGCAUCCACUCCCUCGUCCGGAAGCACCUCUACCCCGAUCUCACCCCCCAAUUCACAAACAUGAUUGGCGUCACCGCCGCCGUGCCCCGUGCCCAACUCAAGACCGAGCCAAACUACCCCCUCCCCGUAACCAUCAUGAGCCCCCAACACGGCGCCUUCGUCAUUGCCCCCCAACGCGCCGACGGCUCCGAGGUCCUCAUCGGCAAGCAGAAGCGCCUCGAACAAGAAGAGCACGACCGCGCCGGCUGGAACGAGCUCAUGGAGAACAACAACAAGUCCUGGUGCAUCGACUUCCUCCGCCAAGGAAGCCAAGACUUCCCCCCCAUUGUCGCAAACGCCGUCUCCGACAUCCCCCUCAAGGGCAUCAACCUCUGGCCCUUUUAUUUCGUCCCCAAGCUCGACACAUGGACUAGAGGCCGCGUCGUCAUCCUCGGCGACGCCGCCCACGCGAUCCCUCCCACCGCGGGACAGGGCGUCAACCAGGCCUUUGAGGACGUCUACACCUUCGCCGGUGUUGUGGCCAAGCAGAGGGAGCAGUGCCAGUCUUCUCAAGGCGAUCUAGACGCCGCCGUGCGCAUGGACAAGGCGCUGAAGAAGUGGCAGCUGGGACGACAGGCUCGCGUGGACAAGGUGCUCGAGCUGAAUGACCAGCUGAACAGGCGACGGCUGCCAAACGCAGGCGAGGCGGGCCAUCUUGAGCCGUUUGAUCUUGAGUGGCUGUAUGGAGUCAACUUUGAAGAAUCGAUUGCUGAGUGGGCGAGCUGA